UGAACUGAGUUUUUACUUUUGGUGGAAUGACGGAUUAUCGGUUACCCACGAUGAAUAUGUGGACGGACGAUAACUCUUCGAUGAUGGAAGCUUUUAUGAUUUCCGAUUUCUCUGGUUUUGGUUGGGGUUCUUCGUCUUCAGCUUCUACCAUAGUUAAUACAGCUGAACCCACCAAAACCCUAGCUCAACCUCAGACUUCGAUGUUUCUCAAUCAAGAGACGCUUCAGCAGCGUUUGCUAAGUCUAAUCGAGGGUGCUCGUGAGAACUGGACUUACGCAAUUUUUUGGCAGUCAUCGGUCGACAACAUUUCUGGUUCUUCUUUGCUAGGUUGGGGUGAUGGAUACUAUAAGGGAGAAGAGGAUAAGAUGAAACGGAAGAUGAGGCCAACGUCGCUGGAGGAGCAAGAGCACCGGAAGAAGGUUCUUCGGGAACUUAAUUCGUUAAUCUCUGGUGUGCCUGCUUCUUCUGACGAUGCCGUUGAUGAAGAGGUUACUGAUACGGAGUGGUUCUUUCUUGUUUCGAUGACUCAGUCGUUUGUGAACGGCGUUGGACUUCCGGGUCAGGCGUUCUUCAGUUCGACGCCGGUUUGGCUCGCCGGAAGUGAGAGGCUUGCGAAUUCAUCUUGUGAACGGGCAAGACAAGGUCAGGUUUUUGGGUUGCAGACGAUAGUUUGUAUUCCCGCUGCGAAUGGCGUGGUUGAAUUAGGCUCGAUGGAAUCCAUUUACCAGAGCUCGGAUCUAAUGAACAAGGUUAGGGUUUUGUUUAAUUUCAAUAAUCUUGAAAUGGGUUCUUGGCCGGCGGCGGCGCAGACGGACCAAGGUGAGAACGAUCCGUCCUCACUCUGGCUCUCGGAUCCGUUACCAUCGGUGAUGGAAAUUAAGGACUCUGUUAAUACCUCUCCAACUGCUACUGCUUCUGUUACUGCUACAACUACACUCCCUACCAAUGUUCCUGAGAUUUCCAAGUCAAUCCACUUCGAACAGCCCAGUUCGAGUAGCUUUACUGAAAACCCUAGCUCGAUAACCAUCCAACACCAUCAGCAGACGCAGACACAGAGCUUCUUCCCUAGGGAAUUGAACUUCUCUGAGUUUGGAAUCGAUGGAAGCAGUGCAAGGAAUGGUGGGUCGUCGUACAAGCCUGAAACCGGCGAGAUCUUGAAUUUUGGGGAGAGCAAGAGGACUUCGAGUAGUCCCAAUGACACUCUAUUCUCAAACGGUUCAACUCAAUUUGCUGCAGAUGAUAAGAAGAAGCAGAGAUCUGCUACAUCGAGGUGCAGUAACGAAGAAGGCAUUCUUUCCUUCGCGUCUGGUGUUGUAUUGCCUUCUUCUGGUAUUGUGAAGUCAAGCUGUGGAACCGGAGAUUCUGACCACUCCGACUUUGAAGCUUCGAUUCGAGAGGCUGAAAGUAGCAGAGUAGUUGAACCAGAGAAGCGACCUCGGAAGCGUGGAAGGAAACCUGCAAAUGGACGAGAGGAGCCACUGAACCAUGUUGAAGCAGAGAGACAGAGGAGAGAGAAGCUCAACCAGAGAUUCUAUGCUUUACGGGCUGUGGUACCCAAUGUCUCCAAGAUGGACAAAGCUUCCCUUCUUGGUGAUGCCAUUUCCUACAUCGAGGAGCUCAAAAAUAAGCUCAAAACAGCUGAAUCCGACAAGGAGGGAUUCCAGGCUCAAGUUGAUGCACUGAAGAAGGAGAUGGCCGGUAAUGAAUCUAAGUACUCUGGGCCAGUCACACUGGCAUCUGAUAAUGAUCUGAAGAUCUCAAGUCAAGGAGGCAAGUUAUUGGAUAUGGAAAUUGACGUGAAGAUACUCGGCUCGGAAGCCAUGAUUCGCAUCCAGUGUAAUAAGAAGAACCACCCAGCAGCAAGGUUAAUGGCUGCUCUGAAGGAGCUCGACUUAGAUGUUCAUUACGCAAGUGUUUCAGUGGUGAAGGACCUGAUGAUCCAACAAGCUACAGUGAAGAUGUCAGGUUUUAUGUUCAGUCAGGAGCAGCUCAAGAAUGCUCUCUGUAUUAAACUUGGCGCUCAAUAGCCCACUUCAUAACCGCAGCUGUCACCGGAAAAUUUUAUAAUCCCGGUGAGAAAGCUAUGUAUAUUGUUACACAGAUUUCUCUUCUCCAUCUGGCAAUUAUGUUGCAAAA